AUGUCUAGAAAAAUUUUAUUACUUAAAGAAAAAAACAUCCAAGAGAAAAAAACUAACAAUGAUAACAAUGACAGCAACAACGACCAUAACGAGCUUGAUCCAUACGAAGAAGAAUUUUUAAAAAAAUCCAAUAAUUACGCUUGUUUAUUUCUACCAGUGCUAGCUCAUAUCCAAAGAGCUGUUGAAGGAUUGAAAGUUGCUUGGAAUGAAGUUUUCCUAGAAUCUGAGUCGUCAUCAUCAUCAUUAUCAAAAAUAAGUGGAUCAUGGUUAAAACUUCCAAUUUUCGUUGUAGGAAAAGCAACAGAAAAAUCAAUAAAAAAUUUAGGAUUUAAUAAUGUAUUUGGUGCUAAAGAAUCUGGAUCUUCUGAAUUAUUAGCAAAUUACAUAGAAACUUAUUAUGCUAAACAUAAUGAUCAAAUCAUACAAAAAAAAAACAAUAUUUCAGCCUCCACUUCUAUUACCACCACUGCUACUCCGCUUUUAUUAUUUCUUGUAGGUGAUAAGCGUCGUGAUGAGUUACCAAAGAAAUUGUUGGAGGCAAAAAUAAAUAUCCAAGAACUUUUAAUUUAUGAAACUAAACCUAAUCCACAAUUUUCAAUUGAAUUAAACAAAAUUUUCAAAACAUCAUCACAUCAUAAUGAUGAUGAUUGGUGGAUAGUAUUUUUUAGUCCUUCAGGUGUGGAUAUAUCUUGA